AUGUCGCCGCACACUUUCACUCCGCUCCAUUCACAUGUCUGGAUCGGAGGUCUGCGGCGCUUAAUCCUCCUAAAUCCCGGUCAACAGAGGCGGAGCGAGCAGCGUUUUCCAGUUUCCUCCCAGAUCAGUUUCACCGUGGCGGGUCGCGCAGACAACAACAACAACAACAACAAUAACAACAUAGAGAGAGAGAGAGAGGGAGAAAGAAAGAAAACCAAAACACGAUGUGUAUCCUAGUGUUUUCAGUAGAGUAGCAGCCUGUGGAGACGGUGCGCUCAGGACGGGGGAGCAGAUGCGCCUCUUGCCAUGACUGCUGCCGGGAAGCAGAGCUUUCAGGUGGCGCUGAUCUGGUUGUGCGUCGCCCAGCUGACCGCAGGCCUGAAGUGCGUGUGCCAGCUGUGCGCCAACCACACAUGUGAGACGGCCGCAGACGGCGCCUGCUGGAACUCCGUGAUGCUGAUUGACGGGAAGGAGGAGACAGUCAAAUCCUGCCUCUCCCCCUCCGAGAUGAAGGGUCAGGUCUUCUGCUACAGCUCCAGGAACGUCUCCAAGAGGAGCUGCUGCUUCACUGACUUCUGCAACAACGAGACCCUGCACCUGCACCGAGAGAGGCCUUCAGAGGAGCCAGGCUGGAGCAGGCUGCAGCUCACUGUGGUGAUCCUGGUGCCCUCCUGCUUGCUGUGUGUGGGGAUCCUGCUGGGCGUGUGUGUCGUGCAGGGACACCGUUGUGCCUACGGCCGAGCCCACAAGCAAGACCCCGAGGAGCCCCUGGAUGAUCAGAUGCUCAUGUCUCCAGAUAAAUGUCUCAAAGAUCUGAUUUUUGACAUGAGCACAUCUGGUUCGGGGUCAGGCCUACCACUGCUGGUCCAGAGGACCAUCGCUCGGACCAUCGUCCUGCAGGAAACCAUCGGAAAAGGUCGCUUUGGCGAGGUGUGGCGUGGCAAGUGGCGGGGAGAAGACGUAGCUGUGAAGAUCUUCUCCUCCCGGGAUGAGAGGUCCUGGUUCCGGGAAGCAGAAAUCUAUCAGACCAUCAUGCUCAGGCAUGAAAAUAUUCUGGGCUUCAUUGCUGCUGAUAACAAAGAUAAUGGCUCGUGGACCCAGCUCUGGUUGGUGUCGGAGUACCACGAGCACGGCUCCCUGUAUGACUACCUGAACAGGUACACAGUGUCAGUGGAGGGCAUGGUCGUUCUGGCGUUGUCUGUAGCCAGUGGGCUGGCUCACCUUCACAUGGAAAUCAUUGGCACACAAGGGAAGCCUGCAAUCGCUCACAGAGACCUGAAGUCUAAAAAUGUCCUUGUGAAGAGGAAUGGGACCGCAGUCAUCGCAGAUUUGGGUUUAGCCGUUAAACACGAUUCCAGCACAAACACCAUAGACAUACCGUCCAACCACAGAGUGGGAACUAAGAGAUACAUGGCUCCAGAGAUCCUGGAUGAGUCGAUCAAUAUGAACAACUUUGAGUCAUUUAAGAGGGCAGAUAUCUAUUCGCUUGGCUUGGUGUUCUGGGAAUUAGCCAGAAGAUGCUCUGUGAGAGGACUUCAUGAAGACUUUCAGCUGCCUUAUUACGACAUGGUGCCUUCAGAUCCGUCCAUUGAGGACAUGAAGAGGGUUGUUUGUGAUCAGAAACUGAGACCAAACAUUCCCAAUCAGUGGCAGAGCUGUGAGGCUCUGCGUGUGAUGGGAAGACUGAUGAGAGAGUGCUGGUAUGCCAAUGCUGCCGCGCGACUAACCGCGCUGCGAGUCAAGAAAACUGUGUCUCAGCUGUCUGCUAUCAAGGACGUCAAAGACUAGUUUGGCUUGCCGCCCUGCAGCUCAUCACUGGUGCUGGCACUGGUGUGAUGGGAAACACUUGGAGAACGCAGGCGCCACUUUUCAGGAGGAAACCACAUCUUGUUUUUUGUUGCCAAAUGAUUGUAUAAAGUGGCGCGUCGGCCGAAGCUCUGUAC